AUGCUCCUCAUUACCUCCAUGUCCGCUACGGCAACAAUCACUGUGACUAAAACCCUAUAUGACAUCGUUUCAUUCACUACGUUAAGCACUGUCAUCAGCCCUAAUCCCAACCUUUCCAACCAACGGCACAACAUCCACAUUUUCACCUUCUGCAUCUCUCACAAACAACUCAUCAAACAUAACCACAUCAACAACCACAAAAACACACCAUGGUUCGAAUUCUUGGUGAAUGCCUUUAUUAGCUCUGCCAAUAGCAGUCUUCUUGUGUAUUAUCUGGGUUGCGAUUAUCCUCGUGGUCUCAAAAACUAA